AUGGAAAACAUUUUAAAUAAAUAUAGGAAUGUUGUCGCUAGUUCUACCGAUGCCGGUCCAUCAAAUUCUCCAAGUGCUACCGAUCUUCAGAUUCAGAUGGUACAAUAUAAUCCAGAUGAUGAGUUGACUGCAAUGGAAACCCUAUCCUCAUUAAGUCAACAGCUAAUGGGAAAGAGACUUGAAAUUUUAAGUCACCAUGAACUCCACAUCAUGGAGAAAAUAUUGAAUGCAAGCAUCUUGUCCAUACAAAACAUGAAGGAGUUCUUACUAAAGAAGGAGAUUGAGAAAUCUAAACAGCGGGAAGACAGAAUAACUAAAGAAAAUGAAGCAUUACGUGAAGAAUUGGAGGAGCUUAAACAAAAGUUGAACCCAUCUUGCAGUUCUGAAUCGAACUCUUUGAAAAGAAUGCGCUUAAUGUGUGAUGAUCAAGAUCGCAUUGCGGGGAAACAAGUCGAGCUUGAGGAUGACAUAGAAUAG